UGCGCCCAGCUUGCCUUGCCUAGCCUGUCCGGCAUUACUCUGAGGGCGGUCGUAUUGGGGAAUUACAGUAUUGAUGAUGAGACUGCAGCAGCACGCCUCUCUCGCUCUCUCACACCACGCACGUUACUUCCUCAGUCUUCUCCUGUGUCCUGAGUCCAGUGUCUUGGCGCUUGACAGACACCUCUCUUUCAAAAGCAAGCAGCAUGCAACACUUAUCCCGUUACGGGCAUUAUUACUCCAAGCAGUCACCAAAUCGUCAAGUCAAGUCAAGUCACCAAGUCCUGCCUGCCUGCCUGCCUGCCUGCCUGCCUGCCUGCCUGCCUACCUACCUACCUGCCUGUCUCCUGGUGGACCCUUGUCCCUCGUGGGCAAAGUCGCUCUCUGCAGCAGUGCACAGCAGCGCGUCAUAGUGACCAGGAUGGCUGGUUCGUUUCAUGAGAAUCAUCGACUCGCUGGGCUCGGUGGACACGCUGAACCAGCGAGCAGGGGCAGCAUCCGCAGGGAUUUCAUGCACGAUGAAUCUCUAUCGUAGAAUCGGCUCCAUUGAAUCUUCCUUAUCACCCUGCGGGUUUGCGGACAGAUAUCAUCGGUAUCUUACAGCUGGAAACAAGACCAAUGCCAGAGCGGCGGAACGGGUCACGUUCUCCUGACUAAGAGGCCAUAUCCAACCCAUUCUCACUCGCAACUUGCUCCUGGUCAUUGCGAUUACCAGUCGAUUACUCCUUUUUGCGCGCAGAAACACAGAGGCCGUCGGCGUUGGUCUGCUCGAGGAGAAGGUUCCCAACGGAGUCCAACCACAG